AAGAAAUUUGGGCAUUUUGCAGACGAACAGCUGUAUCUAAAAGCAAAAUCGCUGUGAUUUUGACAAAAUUUCAAUCAAGCAGCCAUCAAUAAAUAUGACUAAACAAGAAAAGUUCUUCGGUCCGCUAACACUGCACCAGAAAAGUGAGAAACCAACGAUUUUCAAGGAUAACGAAACUCGUGAAUGCCAAUGUGUUUUAUGUGAAGAGAUGUUCACGCUGCCUGACGGAGAGAAGGCAUUGCUUACUCAUUUCUUUAUGGAGCAUAGGCUUGUUAUAGCCGACGUGAACCAAAUAGCCGAUUUGUUUGAGUACUUGAGGUACUGGCGAUUGAGGUUUAGAGAUGAAAGUCUUCCAUACUUCUGUACUACAAUGCUGUUGGACAGCAAGCCCGAUGGUACAAAAUCCAAAGACGAACAAUACUACCUACUCAGCAAUGUUCUACCCGAAGACAAGGAGUUACGCUCAAACUUACAACAAACAAAAUUAGAAAAACUACUCCAGAGACAUCAGUUCGAAAGAGAAGAUAAAAGCUAUGAAAAAGAGUGCUUGUUCUGUAGAUUUGCCUCCAAAGAUACUAGAGCGAGUUACUUAAAUCAUUUGUAUGAAAAACACAACUUUCAUAUAGCUAAACCGGACAACCUCAUUUUUAUAGAUGACUUAAUAGACACCAUAGCGUCCAAGCUAGAUAAUCUUCAAUGUAUCUACUGUGAAGGAUCUUUCAAAGACAGAAUUAUUCUCAAAGAACAUAUGAGGAAGAAAGGUCACAAGAGAAUUAAUCCGGAGAAUAAGGAGUAUGACAAAUUCUUCAUGGUAAAUUAUAUAGGUGACAAACAAACUAAGCAUAAAUAUCAGAAACACCAUCAGAAACAAAAUCAUCAGAGAAUACCGAAUCCUCCCGAGGAAAAAGACCAUGAUUCUAAUGUAGAUAGUGAUCCAGAGUGGUCGGAAUGGACUGAAGAGAACGGUCCACAGAUAACUUGUCUUCUUUGCGAGCAUACAGAAAUGGAAUAUGAGAACAUUCUAGAUCACAUGGAACGCAAACAUGAUUUUUCAUUCACAAAAUCAACGGCAGGCCUAGAUUUCUACCACAAAAUUAAGAUAGUCAACUACAUCCGUCGGCAGAUACAUUUGAAACAGUGCCUAUCAUGUGAAACUGUCUUCAACGACUCAGCAAAUUUAGAAAAACAUUUAAAAGAGACAAAACACUGGGAACUUAAGAAAGAAAAAUGGGAUCAGCCAGAGUAUUACUUCCCGACAUAUGAAGAUGACUUGUUUCUGUGCUUUAUCCAUGAUGACGAUGAGAGCUGGUGGUCUACCGAUGAACAGGAACCGGAGAGGACUGAUAAUACCAUCUGUGAUUCCAUAUCUAAAGAGAUGGCUAUGGCUGUGUUAAAUGAAUAAGUUCUUUUAAUUUUUGUGACUACUAGAUAGGUAUCAAAAUAAUGGAUUUUAUGUAGGCAGUUUACCCUAAUUAUGCAAUAUAGUUGGUUCAUCGUUUAGUAAAGGAUGAAUCAACUUUUGUUCUGUGAAGAAAUAGUAUAGUUUGUUAAACACAUUAAGAUGUAUGUUUUAAAGAUUUAUAUUAUAAUAAAAUUAUUGGAUAAAUGCGAAAAACAACCAUAACGUCAUCAAUAUGUAAUUUAAGUUCAGAAUAAUUCGUAUAGAGCAUGUAUAAAGGUAUAUUAUAUUUUAUAUUUGUUUCAAAUUUAAACAAUAAUAAAAGCAUU